AUGCGCAACCAUCUCGUAUCCUUUGCUUUGGCCACGGCCGAUGCCAUCUACCUCCCGUCUGGUGUCAACGCCGCUCGACCAUGUGGCGGCUCCAAUGGAGGGAAUUUUCAGUAUCGCCUAGGCGAUGUAAGAUAUGACGGCCCGGAUCCAAGCAAGAAGAAUGACCUUGCUACCAUUGCGGCCAGCCUCCAGGGCAGCAACGGAACGCCAUUGUACGAGUGCGUUGGGCAGUGGCCCAGAAGGCUUGGGCCGGGUGGUACCCAAGGCGAAACAGAUGAUAGCAGCCACUGCGUCCCAAAGAGCACGGAUUCCGGGACCCGCCCCAGCCUCAAUAUCGCAACCGCGUUGGUUCCCGGUUCCGAGAAUGCAAGCCCAACAUGUGUCGACACAUCGAAGGAAUACCAGUCGUGGAGGAUGGAGAACUGGCAACGCAGCUUCAAGAUGGAGCCCGGGGCCUCGCCGAUCGACCCAAAGCUGAGCGAAGACUCAGGCCCAUCUUUCACGCUCAAGAGUUCGGCAAACGGCAAUACAUUCAACUGCUCACCCUCGGAAGGCGAGGAUGGCGCUUUUGCGGGCAGCUGCACGUCUUCCGAGGGAACCAGUACUACCGCAGACUUCCGCUUCGACCCGUUGCUGAACAUGCUCGAGAUUACGGAGCACUGGGCGUGCGAAGACGCGUAA